UUAAAAACAUGCAGGCUUAAUUUUUCAGUUCCCUCCAAAACUAAAAUUAGAAACCUUUCCCACCCAAAAUAACUUCAAGCCUACAUAUACCCCUCAUUUACUCCCCCAACUGCACAUGAAUUACUCCCAAAAAAUGGAAAGUGGGACAGCUCAGUUUUCUUCUUUUCUCUCUGAUCUUCCUGAUCUGCCUCCCGAAUCUGCCUCUGCUACAAGCACUUUUCCAGAUUUGCCUCCCUCAGAUCUUAACACCGAAGCUGAUGAAGAGGGCCUGGAGCUGGCAGUUCCUGAUGUACCUGUAGAAGAUUUUUCAACACAACAAAGUGAGACAUAUAACACACAAAGGCUGGCAAAACACUGGCCAAAGCUUACAAGUGAUAAGCGAAGAAGAAUAAUAGAGAUAUUGUUAGCAUAGUCUGCAGAUGGAAAACUUCAGAGGGGCAUGAUGACAAAUGUAGCAAAUCAGUUCAACACUUCAAGACAAACUGUACACACACUGUGGGUCAAAGCAAAGGCUCAAAUGCAGGCUGGGGCAGCCAUAGAUGUGCAGAGCAAAUGGACAGGUAAUGUAGGACCAAAAAGAAUUGCAUUUGACUUGCAAAAAAUGUCUCAAAUUCCAUAUCAUAAAAGGAAAAAUAUGAGGUCUUUGGCAUUUUCAAUGCAAGUGUCAAAGUCAACUGUGCAUAGGUGGUUCAAGAGCAAACAAAUUAAAAGACAUUCUAAUGUCAUUAAACCUCUUCUCACAGAUAAGGGAAUGCUGUAAAGGUUACAGUUCUGCCUAAGCCAUAUCAUUCCUCAAUCACUUCCCCGUUCCCCCACUUUUCAUGGGUUUUAUGAUCAUGUACACAUAGAUGAGAAGUAGUUCUACUUAUCAAAAGAAACCACAACAUUUUAUACUGUCCCAAAAGAAGAGGACCCUUACAGAACAGCUCAAUCAAAAAAGUUCAUACCAAAAGUGAUGUUUAUUGCUGCAGUAGGCAGGCCUAGAAUAGGCAACCUAGGGGAUGUAUUAUGGGAUGCUAAAAUAGGGAUUUUCCCUUUCACGUAUGAGGACACAGCUCGGAUGCUACACUAAGCUAAUGCACACAUACAGAUUAGGAAUAUAGAAUAUCACAGUAACAAUUGGCAGCACAUGGUUUCAG